AUGGCGAAAUUAUCGAAGGCUCAAAAAAAACAAAUGUAUAUUGACAAACUUAGCACGCUGAUCCAACAAUAUACAAAAAUAUUAAUUGUUCAUGUAGAUAAUGUAGGAUCAGAUCAAAUGGCAACUGUUCGUCAAAGUUUAAGAGGAAAAGCUGUAAUUUUAAUGGGAAAAAAUACAAGAAUAAGGACAGCAUUAAAAAAGAAUUUACAAGCAGUACCACAAAUAGAAAAAUUGUUGCCAUUGGUAAAAUUAAAUAUGGGUUUUGUCUUUUGUAAUGAUGAUUUAUCAGAAGUGAGAAAAAUUAUUUUAGAAAACAGAUCACCUGCACCUGCAAGGUUAGGUGUUAUAGCUCCAAUUGAUGUAUUUAUUCCACCAGGUCCAACAGGAAUGGAUCCUUCUCAUACAUCAUUUUUUCAAUCUCUUGGUAUAUCUACAAAAAUUGUAAAGGGUCAAAUAGAAAUACAAGAAAAAGUGCAUUUGAUUAAACAAGGAGAGAAGGUAACAGCCUCGUCAGCUACUCUUUUACAAAAGUUCAACAUGAAACCUUUUUCUUAUGGUGUUGAAGUAAAAACUGUUUAUGAUGACGGAGUAAUUUAUGAUGCUAAUGUUUUAGAUAUUACUGAAGAAGAUAUUUUAAAAAAGUUUUCAAAAGGUGUUUCUAAUGUAGCUGCAUUGUCAAGAGCUGUUGGCAUUAUAACAGAAGCUUCUUAUCCACAUGUUUUUGUAGAAGCAUUUAAAAACAUUGUUUCUUUAGUAAUUGACUCUGAUUAUACAUUCCCAUUAAUGCAAAAUAUUAAAAAUAUGGUUGAAAAUCCACAGGCAUAUGUUGCUGCUGCACCUGCUGCUUCCGCCACUAAAACAGAAGAACCCAAAAAAGAAGAAGCUAAAAAACAAGAAGAAGAAGAAGAAGAUGAUGAAGAUGGUUUUGUUGGAUUUGGAAUGUUUGAUUAA